AUGGCUGAAGUAGUGAGUAACGUCACGCACACCCCACCCACACACGAACCAGUCGCCUCAGACAAAGGAAACGAAGUGAAACCGCAUGCACGUCGCCCCACCAAACACAACAAGCUCAAUAAUCAUCCUACCACUUCUAAAUCUCACACUGACACUGACUCAUCACUUUCUCAGGAGCAACCUCCACCUCACGAACGCAAAGCUCGCAAAUCUGUUGCCUUCAGCGGCGACGACACCAUCAUGGAUGAAAAUGGCGCUAUCAGCGAGGCACCUCCCCUGGAGCACAAGACCACCGCUGAAAAGCACUCUACGGCACCCGAUACCGACAAAGCCGUCGAGGAAGUGACCGACAUGUUCGCCGGCCUGAACAAGAAGAAGAAGAAAUCCUCCAAACCCAAGGCCGACGACACCGCCGUUGACGGCGACGCCCCUGCGGUGACAGCGGACGGCGACUUUGACGCCUCGGCCCUAAAGAAAAAAAAGAAGAAGUCCAGCAAACCCAAGGCCGACGGGGCCGAUUUUGCAGCCAAACUCGCCUCGGCAGGUCUCGAGACGGGCGAUGGAGAAGAAGGCGGCGGCGGCGAUCAAGCUCCCCAACCUGGUGAAGAGGGUGACAUGACUUCCGGCACGGGUAUCUGGGCUCACGACGACACCCGACCGAUCGGCUACGAACUACUGUUGAAGCGUUUCUUCCAACUUGUCAACGAACACAACCCGGACAUCCUCUCCAGUGGCUCCAAAUCGUACAAGAUCCCCCCCCCGCAGUGUCUGCGUGAAGGCAACAAGAAGACCAUCUUUGCCAACAUCGCCGAGAUAUGCAAACGGAUGAACCGGUCUGACGAGCACGUCACGCAGUUCUUAUUCGCCGAACUGGGUACCUCGGGCUCCGUGGACGGCUCGAAACGCCUUGUCAUCAAGGGUCGUUUCCAGCAGAAACAGAUUGAAAACGUGCUGAGACGGUAUAUUGUCGAGUAUGUCACGUGCAAGACGUGCCGUAGCGGAAACACCGAGCUGAGCAAGGGUGAGAACCGUCUGUAUUUCGUCACAUGCAACUCGUGCGGCUCUAGACGGUCCGUCACGGCCAUCAAGUCCGGUUUCACGGCACAGGUCGGCAAGAGAAAGAGGCUCCAAGGUUAA